AAGAUGAGUUACAGCUCCGACAUCUACUCGUCUUCCUCCUAUAGGAAAAUUUUCGGUGACUCUCCGCGCUUCUCGACAUCACCGAGCAGGAUGAGAGAUUCAAGAACUAGCGGUGCGUACAGGUCCGUGUCUAGGAACACCAGCUCAUCCGUGAGUUCAUAUAAGCGCUCCGGGCGCGCCGGAAUGGCCCUGGACACGAUUGAUUUUGCGCAAAGCUCAGCUCUUAGCAACGAGCUGAAAAUCGUCCGCACUAAUGAAAAAGAGCAAAUGCAAGGUCUGAACGACCGAUUUGCCACGUUUAUUGAGAAAGUGCGCCAUGUGGAGCAGCAGAACAAGGCGUUGGAGGCCGAGCUGGCUGCGCUGCGUCAGCGCCAGUCGGAGCCAUCGCGCCUCGCUGAGCUUUACCAGCAAGAGAUCCGCGAUCUGCGCGCACAGCUCGAGCAGGUGUGCGCGGAACGGGAGCGCGCAUUGUUCGACCGCGAUGCCGCUGAUGAGGAGGUGCAGAAGUUAAGGGAUCGCUGUGAGGAAGAAGUGCGUCUGCGUGAGGAAGCCGAGCGCACCUUGCAGGCUUUCCGCAAAGAUGUAGACGAUGCAGCCCUGGCGCGCAUCGACCUGGAAAGGAAAGUCGAGUCUCUUCUAGACGAGCUCGCCUUCAUGCGCAAGGUGCACGACGAAGAGGUGGCCGAGCUCACCAGCGUCAUCCAGGCGUCUCAGGUGUCCGUGGAGAUGGAGAUGUCCAAGCCUGACCUGACCUCCGCUCUUAAGGAGAUCCGCGGUCAGUACGAGUCUAUCGCCUCCAAGAACUUGCAGUCUGCUGAAGAGUGGUACCGCUCCAAGUUUGCUGAUCUUAACGAGCAGGCAACCCGCAGCAACGAGGCCAUCCGGGCCAGCCGAGAAGAGGUCAAUGAGUUUAGAAGGCAGCUGCAGUCCAGGACGAUCGAGAUCGAGAGUCUACGCGGCACCAACGAAUCCUUGGACAGGCAGAUCCGAGAGAUGGAAGACCGCCACAACAUCGAGGCGCUCGGGCUACAGGAAACAGUUGGUGAGCUGGAGAAUGAGCUGAGGACCACCAAGAGUGAGAUGGCUCGCCACCUGAGGGAAUACCAAGACCUUCUAAAUGUCAAAAUGGCUCUGGAUAUAGAGAUUGCUGCUUACAGGAAACUUCUGGAAGGAGAGGAGACCCGUCUAAGCACAGGCAUCACCUACCCUGUUUCCACCAACCAGAGCUACACCUACCAGACCCGUGCUUACACCAGCUCAAGCAAGAGCACCAAGAAGGAAUGCAAAGAGGAAGAGGACAAGCCGGUUGACAACCCUCCCUCUAAGAAGGCUGAAAAGCAAGAGUCUGGAAAUGCCAAUGAUGUUGCCUCGAAAAACUAAGCCUCACCUUGUUCCCUUUCUCCCCUCCCAUUACCUCACCUUGUUUCCUUUUCCCUAUUAGUCUCUUCCAUUAGGAAUGUCUCAGAGAGGAAUGGAGUGUAUUCAUUUGUUAACAUUCACUCACCACUUCAACUACAGCACUCCCAAUAACAGAUCAUACACUUACGACCAUUCGUUUCUGCUACUGACGGUAGCUGUCUUUUAGUACUCAUGUGUGCACUAGACAAUAACAUUUCAAAAAGGCUAUAUGUGCUUAAACAGUUACACAGGGCAGAAUCCAAAUUAUCUGCCAACUGGAUCACACAAUUUUAGAACGUACCACUUAAUACUGUAGGUUUGAGCUAGUAUUUACUAGCUAAAAUAUUAUAUUGCUGUAUGCCAUGGAUAUACUGUUACUUGGAUACUGUACAGCACUGUUGUGGCAGCAUUAGCUGCAUCUGAUCCUUAGUCCACAUAUGUGUGUAUGAUAAUCUCACAUCUCAACCAAAAGCUAAGCCCGUCCUUAAUCACAUUCCUCAAAACGAUUUGCCAAAGCACGAAAUUCCUCUCCAAGACGUAUUGUGGUGCCAAUUCAUGUCCCUUUCCUUGAAAAUGUGAGCUGAGUACAAGUAGCAGCUGAUAUUGAUGCAUGUUGAUUGUACCCUGUAUGCAUGGCAGAUGUAUGUGGGCCAUCCAGCAAUCAUCUACUGGCUCUAAUGAGUUUAUUUCCAUUAUAUGUAUACAGCUACGUGUACCAUUCAUGUCUCUUCACUUAAUCCGCUAAUAAGCCACAGCAAAUUUAAGAUUUGAGCGAACAUGGGCAAAAGAAAAACUUGUUUGAACUCUGAUAAUGCCAUCUGUAUCCAAGAGUCCCAAAAUGCAUAAUUUGGCCAUGAUCUUUGAAUGUCAUGGAUGGAAUUCCUGACUCCCUUAAGCUCAUGUAUACAAAAGCAGAAGCUAUCACACCCUGCAAGCACACUUGAAAGUGUCUUGGAGGAAGCAUGUGUAUGCCUUCUUUCCUAGAUAAUCUGUCACAAAGUUUAGACGUGGCGCAACGCUGCUUUCUAUUUAA